AUGAUGUUGAAUAAUCCUUUAUUUGCUGGCAAUCCACAACUUCAGGAACAAAUGAGACAACAACUUCCUACGUUCCUUCAGCAAAUGCAGAAUCCGGACACGUUAUCGGCUAUGUCAAACCCUAGAGCAAUGCAGGCUUUGCUGCAGAUUCAGCAGGGCUUGCAAACGCUAGCCACAGAAGCACCGGGGCUUAUACCAGGAUUUAAUCCUGGUCUAGGGGGAUUGGCAAGCACCGGAGCUCCUACAGGGUCCACUGUACCUAGUUCUGUUCACAGUGAAAGUACAAGUACAGCAUCAGGAAAAAAACCUGGUCACCAGCAGUUUGUCCAGCAGAUGUUGCAGGCACUUGCUGGUGCAAAUGCUCAGUUACAAAAUCCAGAAGUUCGAUUUCAGCAACAACUGGAGCAGCUGAGUGCCAUGGGCUUUCUGAACCGUGAAGCAAAUUUACAAGCGCUAAUAGCAACAGGAGGAGACAUCAAUGCAGCUAUUGAAAGGCUGCUUGGCUCUCAGCCUUCAUAGCAGUGUUUCUUUAACAUGGAAAAAAUGUAAUUUAUUUUUGAUAACAGCUCUUAAAUCUUUAAAAUAUUUGCUUUAUUUCAUUCUGACUCUUGGGAUUGUCUUGUUAUAGCUAAAAUUGGUCUGAUGCAUUUUAAGGUGGAGUGCAGUAGUUUUCUUCAAACAAUGGGGAUUAAUGCAUUUUCACUCUCUUGCAUGCAUCACACUUCUUUUUGUUCUGCAUUAUUUGUGAUUUUUUUUUUUUUUUUUUUGGAAACAGUAUCAGCUUUCACAGUUGGGUGAGCAGGUUUUGUCUGACCUACAACUGUCCAAUUUAUUUACAAUUUAAACAUUAGUCUCCAGUAGUAAGUUAUAUAGAAUACAAAUUUAAAAGGAAGCAAAUUAAUUGAAGUUACAGUUUGUGGGUACCAAUACUGCUUAUUGUGAUUUUGGCAUG